GUGUGUGUUUGUGUGUGGCGGAGUGACCUUCUCGCCUCCCUCACCUCCUUCGCCUCCCUCGUAUUUCUGAUCCUCGCUGGAAAGCCUUAGCCACCCGACUACCAACCAGUAUUUAUUAAGCGCUUACUGUGUACCAGCCGCGGAAUUAGUGCCGGGAUGUACAAAAGAGUCCCCGCUCCCAAAUGGUGGCCUUUCCCUCGGGUUCGGUUCAGGUCUCUGCUCCUCCGCCGGAGCAUCCCCCUCCUCACCCGUGCUCUCCCCCUUCCGCCGCCGUACCAGGUGUCAGCAACACCAUCUCCAAGUUGGCCAAGACGUGCACACUGCGCCUCAGCCCCGACAAGCUCUACUUCAUCCUAUCCGACAAGGUGGCCAAUGGCGGGGUCAGCAUGUGGUGUGAACUGGGCCAGGGCAAUUUCUUCGACGAAUUUCAAAUGGAAGGGGUUGCAGCAGAUCAUAAUGAAAUUUAUUUAGAGUUGACACCGGAAAACUUAUCUAGAGCCUUGAAAACGGCACAAAAUGCCAAAACAGUGAAGAUCAAACUGACCAAUAAACACUGCCCCUGCCUCACCGUGGCUGUGGAGCUGCCAUCUUUGUCAAGCAGUAGUCGCAUUGUAACACAUGACAUUCCUGUAGGAGUUAUUCCCAGAAAAUUAUGGACUGAUUUCCGAGAGCCCACUGUACCAGACUUUGAUGUUAGUAUAUAUUUACCAGUAUUGAAGACUAUGAAGAGUGUAGUAGAAAGAAUGAAAAACCUCAGUAGUCAUGUCGUUAUUGAAGCAAAUCUAAAAGGAGAAAUGAACUUGAAAAUAGAAACUGAUUUAGUAUGCAUUACAACACAUUUUAAAGAUCUUGGAAAUCCUCCAUGGGCCUCUGAAGAUGCUUCUCAAGAUAGAGAUUCAGAGAACAUGGCCGAAGCCCGAAUAGAUAUUAAGAAGCUUCUACAAUUUCUUGCAGGACAGCAAGUAAAUCCAACAAAAGCAUUAUGUAAUAUUGUGCAUAACCGGAUUGUUCACUUUAUUUUGCUACAUGAGGAUGUGUCCCUUCAAUAUUUCAUUCCUGCGUUAUCAUAAGAAUUCAGCUGUUCAAGAGUCUGAACCACUCAUAGCCCUUUUCCAUCAAAAUUUUAAAAAGAUGAUGAGUUAGUGUGUUAUAAUUGGGCUAUGUCCUCACUAUGAUAUACAUUAUGUAAAAGCAACUUGUUCUUUUAUAAUAUGUUCAUAGAAUGUGCAUAGUGAAACACAAUUGGAUAAGAUAUGUCCUUGCUUUCUUUUGGUUUCUGUAUUUUACUUUUAAGAAGUUGAAAAGGAGAAUUGAAAUUUUGAGGACUGAAUUUAAUUUUUCUGAUUACUGAUAAAUGGAUAUUAUAGCAAACAUUACUCAU